UACAUUAUAUAUAUAUGUACGUGUGUAUUUGUUUUAUUUUCCUGUUUGCGAAACUACACAGAUUGAGAGAGAUUUUGGAGACUUUGGAUACUCAGAAAUAGCAAGCAAAAUAUAAAAAUUGCACACAAAGGAAGCACAAGAGAAUUUGAAAAACUGCCCACAAACACGGAAUUUGAAUGUCUAUAAAAUUGAGAUGCUAAAAUUUCAUUACAACAGCACCAGGGAAUUGUAAGUGUCUGCAUAACUUAAAUACUUAGCGAAAAUGGGCAGAUCUUUUGUGCUUUGGUCUCUGCUGCUAGCGUUUUGUAUCUCAAUUCAACUCAACAAUGUUCGAGCACAAUCCAAUUACGUACAGCAAGGCGAUAGCGGAAACUACACGACAAAUGGACUACCUGAGGAGGCAACUUUGGAUGGCAAGGUAACCAAAUUGGAUGACAUUAGCCCUUUGAUAUUUUUAAAUCGUACAAAAGCAGCCCUCAAUUGCGCCGCUGGUUCGAUGCAAGUCGAUAUGAAAUUUAAUGAACCAUUCCAUGGUAUCAUCCAAGCCGAUUACGAUCGCAGCAGCGCCUGUCGAGUGAGUGGCAAAGGUGCACUAAGCUAUAGAUUAGAGUUGCCACUCAAAGGUUGUGGUACUAUUCAGAAUCCUACUCGUGUUUUUACCAAUAAUAUAAUAGUGCGCUUCCACGCCAAUCUGGAAAUGGAUGGAGAUGAAAUUAUUACCAUUGUGUGCCGCUAUCCACCGCCUAUACCUUCACUGCCACCAGCUUUACCAGCUCCUAUUUUGAAUCCCAUCGCCACAGGCUCCGUUUUACAGCCACCAUUAAAGGGUAUCCAAUUACUACUCAUAAUUUGCGCAAUCAUGUUCCUGACUUUACUGCUACUUGGAUUGGCUGUUUCAUACUACUGCCUACGCAGCCGCCCAAUACCUGUUGUUCGCCGCCUUCCGAUGUCAAUGGGAAGUGGAUCGGAAAUCACCAAAUUAAGUGGCAGUAGCAUGGGUAAUAUUAGCGCCUUCGAGGGUGUUAAAAUACCUCGUGCUAUUGUGCCACUGACAGCUGUGCAUAGCUCAUCGGGUAGUGAAGGUGCGCUCAUACCUUCGGACUACCCUAGUGAGUCACAUUCUGAAAUCGAAGAAAUCGAUACGAGAUCACUGCCAUUCAGCUCAGCAGGUAGCUUUGAGAAUCGAGCAUUUGUUCAAGAGACUUCCAGCAUUUAUAGCGAUCAUUAUGGACACACUCAAGAAGUACAGGCUGCCAAUGCUUUAGCUACUUCAGUCCCGCGACAUCCUAUAGCUAUCAAGGAAUCGUCGUCACCGAAGUUCGACGUGCAAGUUCGCGUUAAGAAAUCGCCGCCACCACCUCCUUCUCCCGUUACUUCAGACACGGAGAGUGUUGCUACACUCCGUCCAGAUCGCAAUAAUUUAUCUACUAUUAUGGAGACACAUGAGGACCGUGAGAGUGUAAUAACUAUGAAUUCCCUGCAACCACAAGAGGAGACUAUACAGACACAGUUUACUUAUGUUCCUGAAUUGCACCCGGCACCGAAACAUACCGUUGAAGUUUCGCCACCACCACCACCACAGCCAGUGUUCUCUGUAUAUGCACGCACCCACCACGAAAUGGUUGAUGGUCGUCCAGAGACUUGGUCAGACUUUACCGAUGCGCCAACAGUUAGUGAGGUCACAGAUAUGACAUCCGAGGCACCUGAUAUACACUCGGUCGGGGAAAUGGUCGAUAGCAGCCACUUCUUUGAAGCAGAGUAUCUACCACCAGAGCCACCGAUUGUGGUGAAAAAGCCACAGGUUACAUCUCAUACUGUAGAUGAUGUCUAUUUGCGCACAAUUACCGAAAAGAAGACAAUUGAAGAUAUUGAGAGUCAUAAGCGACGUGUUACUGAGUACAAGGCAAAACCAAAACCAUUGCCACCUCCAAUUCCCGAUCCGACUUGGGAUGUAAAAAUACGCAAUUAUCCAACUGAACGUGAACAGCAGCGAUGGGAGAAUUUCUCUGAUAUCUCCAGCGCAUCUGGUAUGACUCUAACACCAAAAAUGGAGCGUUCCGAAUUAAGCUUGCCAAUUGUACCCAAGGAACCGCCUCAACAAAUCUAUGAUAACAAAGAGAAACUUACCAGCCCGCAGCUAGUGGGUAACAUGAAACCUAUCGAAAUGCCACCAGAAGAUAAAGCAGUGCGGAAUUGGGGUGUACUGAUAAGGGUUUUAGAAGAACCGGAACUCUCUGAAGCAGAUGAUGUUAGCUCGGUGCAUUCCAGUGUACAUCCACUAACUCGUUAUAUCAGUUACGAUGACAAAGCCAAGUGGAAAGAAAUAAUCACUACAGAAUCGUCGUUGCGUACAAUGCUCACUGAAGCAGUAGUACGGGAAGACUUCGAACGUAUUCGUCAAGAUACACGUUAUGAGCGUAUCUUCGAGCCGCAAACUUGGGAUGUAAUCAUACGCAUACUGGCGCCACCACCAGAUGAUGAGUCCGAUGUCGAAAUGCGUGCACCUAAGAGAACAAAGAAAACUCAACCCUGGGAUACACGUUCAAGACGCAGCUCCUUGCCAACUUUGUACGAAUAUGACAGUGAUGGUGGAUCAUCUGUCCGUACCAUACGCCAAGAUCCAAGUAUGCCACUGCGAGACAGUAACUUUAAUAUGAAUCGUUCACGACGUUCAUCACGAACCUCAUAUCACACCGAUCAUAAUGAUUUCCGUUCUAUGUCAGAAGUGACAGUGGAUUUCGGAAGACCCGAUCACUUAGACAAUAUUUCCGAUGCAAGUUCAUUCUAUCCAAUGCAUUAUUACGACGACGAGGAUAGACGCUCAUUCCAUCGGUCUGUUAGUCACCCAUCGCUAGCACGUUCGGCCAGUGAAUUCACGGAACACUGGGCAGCACCAGAUGAGAUUUCUUCGCCGGAAGCUACGCCUAGAUCUCGCCGAUCGCAACGAAUGGCAACCUUCCAACCGCGUAUACCGGCUCCGCCACCUCCACCACGCUCCGGUCAAAUUGUGGCGCAGACACAGAGUCAAUAUGUGGAAUCACGCCGCAGCACAACCUUCCAUACUGAGAAUGAAGCAACGCGUUCUGGUGACUGGUAAAUGUGAUGUUUUGCACAGCUAACAUACAUACGUACAUCCAUGCGUAUGUACAUAUAUUAAGGACCAUCAUGAUUGAAAUAUGUUAAGGUGUUGCAAUAAUGUUUUAAGAACAAAUCAAUCGAUUGCCAACUACAACAAUUCGUAAAGAUGUUUAUGUACAUAUGUAAAUUCACACCUACAUACAUAUGUAUGUAUGAAACUGUGUGGCAUGCAGGUGUGCUUUGAUUUUGUAUUAUUUUAAAAGUAAAUUCUUAUGUAUGUAUGUAUGUAAAGUUGACUUUUAACAAUACAUACAUAUAUGUAUAAUGAAACAAUUAAGUAUUGUGACUUUAAGUCCAAAUUAAGAUCAAUUUAGUAAAAAUAACAAAAGAAAAAGAGAAUAUACAACAAAAGUGCCAAUAAGAAAAUAUCCUCUUGCGUUCAGCACGUUCGUAAUUAAUAAAUAAUUUAACUGUGCUUAUGCAUGCACACGCUACAUAUAUACUCAUAAUAUUAACAUUUCUACUCUUAUAUAUAAAUAUAUAUGUAUAUGUAAAAUAGAAAUAAUAUUUGAACGGAACUGAAUGUGUAAGCCCAACUAAAGGAGGAAGAGCAAUUUUAUGUUAAUUUUCUUACGCACACAUUGAUGUAGUGAUGUAUAUAUGUAUGUGUUAUACUCUGACUAUGUGCUCUCGCAGAUUGCAGAGAGUUCAGUGGACCAUUGUUAAACGAUAAUACAAUAUGUGUACGAGUUAUGCGGAAUACUAGUCGAGAGACAUGUUAAUAUGAGGGAAGAGAGAAGACGUUCAUUUCCCUAAAAAGUCCUUUAGCAACAGAAAGUUUGAAAGACUAAAUUUAUUUGGAAUAAAACUGUUUUUUUAUUCAAAAACGCAAUAGAAAGAUUUACGGAACAGAAAAUUAGUUAUAUGAGAAAUAUUUAUCUUAAUAUAUAAAAUUGGGUUUUGAAGGUUUAAUAGCUAUAAUACCGAUAUGUGAGAUAUCGUAGGACUUCAUUCUUCUACAAAACCAAGUUUCUUGGUACCCAAAAAACAUGUGUACAUUAUUAAUCAAUUUGAUGACUAAAUAUUUAUAGAUAUUCGAAAACAAUUCAAGAAAAUAAAAUUAAUCUUUAACAUGAAUUGCCAUGUAUUGCGGCUUACGCAUACACAUUUCGUUUAAAAAAAAAGAUCGAAUACCCUUCAGAUUCAAACUUUUUCAUUUUUUUCACGCACUCUUCAUAGGAAAUAUAAACUCGUUAUUUGAAACUCAUUAGUACGCUUUGUACUGAUUAUUUUUUUAUUUUGUAAAUAGCAAAAGGGAAAAUUGUAUCUUUAAGCUAAGUUAAACAAACCUACAUACAAAUAUGUGUGAAAAAGCUGGAAAAGUUUGAAUGAUAUUAACUUAAAUGCUUAAACAAUUAAAUUUUUUAGCAAGUAGUAUAAAUUAACUCAAAAGUAUAGAGGUGGUGGGACUUCGCUGCAAUCUGCUUAAUACUAACUGAAUUCAAACUCGAAACAAACAAGCGCACAAACAAAGACACAAAUAUAUGUAGCUAAAUAGUAAUAGCAGCUUAUUUCAAUCAUUUACUCGUACAUAUGUAUGUACUAACUGCUUCUCUACAAAACAGCAAAAAUACUUAAAUACUCCAGCAAGAUGAUCAAUAAAGUAAUUAAGAUUUUAUGCGCUCGCAAGAACUGGCCGCGAAACAAUCUAUGCUUAAGCUCGAAUUUCUCGACCAUUAUCUGCAAGUAUUUUAUGAAAACUUUAAACGUUUAAAACCUUUUUUCUUAUAUGUUAAAAAGUGUGUAUUUAAAAGUAAACAAAUGUAUUGUAUAAAAUUAUAAUAAAGCCUAAAAUUAGUUAUAUUGUACGAAUUCAUGCUUCCGAUAAAGUGAAUUAGUAUAUUAAUGAAUAUAUACAUACAAAUAUAUUUUUGCUUACAAAAUCACAUUUUCUA